CAGCUGUUCUACAUCCCAGUCUCCGAUCAGCUUCUCCAGUCCACGCCGCAGUCCCUUGCUGAUAUCCUGUCGCAAUUUGACGAUAACCCGAUCAUCAAGACGCUCCCGCUCAAGUCCACUCUCCACGUUGCCUUGUCACUCGCACAGUCAUUCCUGCAGUUUCACUCGACCCCGUGGCUUCCGCAAACAUGGGGAAGUCGGGAUGUCCUGUUCUUCGUGCCCAAGGACCAUCGACAACAAGGGCUGCAGCUCGAAAGCCCCUAUCUCAAGCUCGAGCUUCACAAGACCAAUAAGGGCAAAGGCAAAGCCGUCGAGACGUCAGGGUGUUGCCAAGGCAUUGUCAACAUGGGCGAGGACGUAGGCCUCGUGUCGACAGCAGCAGCAACGCAGCAAGAAGUGCUCUUCCGGUUCGCCAUCGUGUUACUCGAGAUUGGCUUCUCACGGCCGUGGUUCGCCUUGCGCGACCUCGUCCGCAACGCGCUGCCCCCCAGCAGGCAGACCGACUACCACAUGGCCGAGACGCUGUCGGGGUUGCUGAUCCGCCAGAUGGGGCCCAACUACGUGCGCAUCAUCCGGAAGUGCAUCGGC